CUCCUUAAACUCCUCCUUCGUUUUUAACUCUUUGUACCAUAAAUCUUUAUAUUUUGAAAUAAUAAUAAAGAAAAAACAUUCGUCUUUUAUGCUUUUUAAAAAAAACAAACCCGGUAAAUUAUUAAGUAAACAAUAAUACUUUUUAUUCGCUUCUUUCGUAACUUUGAAAAUGGAGCGAAAAAUUAUCAAGAAUAUUAUAUUAGCUUGGGUAUUUUUUCCAGUCGUAUCAGUAAUAGUUUUCUAUUCUUAUUGUUUAUGCUGGAUUUUUUAUCUACUGUAUGCUCAAACUGAUGCUCCUCAAUCACAACCAAAAGUUCCUUUAAAUCCGAUACGAGUGUAUAAGGUAACCUCUUACCUUCUCACUUGUAUGUACGAAAAUUUGACAGGUCCCUUCAUACCGUCAAUACUUCAAUAUGGAUGGCAUAAGUUAUCAAGUGAUGGAAAGAAGAAACCAUCUGUGAGGAAAAAUAUUCGCUACGGUCCUAAACCCCGAAAUCGCUUAGAUGUUUAUCUGCCUGAUCACGUUUCGGCUACGGCAUCAAAGAACAAUAAUAAGAAAUGUAAUGAUAAUACAGGACAUGCUGCUUUUACAAACCAACAACAAAAUGAUAUUCCGGUAAUUAUUUUUAUUGGAACAUCAUGGAAUUCUGAUACUUGCAUGCCAGUAGCUCAUAAUCUUCAAAGUCAGGGAUACAUUGUAAUCGUUCCUGAUAUAACCAUCUAUCCUAUCGGCAAGAUCGCUGAGAUGGUUACGGAUAUUCAGCUGUGUAUUUAUUGGGCACACACUCAUAUUAGAUCAUUCCGAGGCGAUCCAUCCCAAAUUUACCUUAUGGGCCAUGGUGCUGGUUCGAUUUUAUCGGCUCUGACUGUCAUUCACGAUGUCUGUGCCACCUUAAAUGUUCUCCCCCCAAAUAACACUAACGUAAAUAUUCCUUUAUGGGACAAUAAUAUUAGGAAGACUGGAUCACCAAGAGUUCAUGGAUUAAUCCUGUUUUCAGGGGUUUAUGAUAUAACAUAUUAUUAUGCAUAUUUGUAUCAAAGAGGUCUCGAACAAGUUCAUGCUUUACCAAGAGUUAUGGGUAAUAAAUCCGAUGCUUUCCUUCAAUGUUCGCCAGCAUAUUUAUUAAAUUAUGCGCUUAAUAAUGUUCAUAAUCGUGAACAAUUAAAAAUGUUAUUACCGCGUAAAGUUGUAUUAUUUCACGGAGAUCAGGAUACAUUUAAUCCAGUAACAACGACACAUAAUUUCUAUUCUUUACUUAAUUCAGCGGGAAUCCCAUCAGUAAAACUAAACAUUUAUGAUCAUGUUAAACAUAUUAGUCCAAAAAUUGACCUUAUAGUUCCAACCAGACCUUUAUGUGUAAAGAUAUUGAAAGAUAUUAAGGAGUGUUGUAAAGGACACGGAGGUGUAGUGGUUGGAAGUCAAUUGAAAGAGAAAAGAGAUGAAAAAGAAAUGACAAAUCAAGAUAAAACCAAGACAAGAAACUCAAGAAGAAGAAUGUCUCAGGUUAGGCAUUAAUAUUAGAAGUUUAAUAAUUAGAAAAUUUAAAUUAUACAUAUACUAUAUAUACAUUACAUUAGAAUGAAUUACAAGGAGAAUAAUAUAAUUGAAAAUUCGUUAUUUAUGCUUUUAUUUAUAGAUAUUUAUAUAGAGCUUUUACAUUUAUAACACUAAUUUUUUUAUUUAUUGGUUAGUCAAGACUUGUUAUGUAUGUGUGUAUAUAUAUACAUAUACAUAUAUAUUUGUAUAUAAUCAAAAAAAUCAAAAUUUGUUCUUUUUAAGAACAUCAAACUUAAAAGAUUUUAUUUUAGAAAGAUGCU